AUGAGCGACGUUUCGACACCGCCGUCUCCGCCUGCACGCGACGAUCUGAGAGGCCUGUUCCAUCCCGCACCGGGGUCGCCGGCGGUCGAAUGGCGGAUCGCGGACGGCCUGGUGGACUAUGAGGCAGCGCUGGCCUUCAUGGAGGACCGCGUUGCCGCGAUCCAUGCGGGCAUCGCGCCGGAAAUGGUCUGGCUCGUCGAGCAUCCCCCGCUCUACACCGCCGGCACCAGCGCCGAUGCCGCAGACCUGACCGAGCCGGACCGUUUUCCGGUGUUCGAGACCGGCCGCGGCGGCCAGUACACCUACCACGGCCCCGGCCAGCGGGUCGCCUAUGUGAUGCUCGAUCUCAAGCGCCGACGGCAGGAUGUGCGCGCCUUCGUCGCCGCGCUCGAAGCCUGGGUGAUCGGCACGCUCGACCGGUUCAACAUCAAGGGCGAACGGCGCGAGGACCGCGUCGGCGUCUGGGUCCAGCGACCGGAACGCCCCUCGCCGGUGCCCGGUGCGAUCGCCGAGGACAAGAUCGCCGCCAUCGGCAUCCGCCUGCGCAAAUGGGUGUCGUUUCACGGCAUUUCGAUCAAUGUCGAACCCGACCUGUCGCACUAUGGCGGCAUCGUGCCGUGCGGCGUGACCGAGCACGGCGUCACCAGCCUGGUCGAUCUGGGCCUGCCGGUGUCGAUGGCCGAUCUGGACGUCGCGCUGAAGGCCGAAUUCAAAACCGUCUUCGGCCCCGUGAACUGA